UGGUCUAAGCUGGCGGCGCAGAGUUGAGUUUACUCGGGUGCGACGGGCCCUAUUGAAGGCCCCCAGGAGCCAGGGGGAAGCUGUGGGGGUAACCAGGAGGGGCUCCUGGCGCUCUUGGCGCUGCGGUAUUCGGGAGUCCCCCUACCCGGGAGCGUUCCCCCCUUUGCCCGGCUCCUGGAGCUCUCCGGCCGCCGGCCCGCUCCCGGAAGCGGUGGCACCUGGUAACAAAGAGCCUGCCAGGCCUCCGCUGCCCGGGCUGCGGGACCGAGGAGUCCCGAGGAGCUGCUGGGAGUGAGCGCUAGUCAGGCCAUGAGGCCAGGUUUGCGGCGGUGAGAGGCGGCCGGCGGCCGAGGCGCUGGUGCGGGCCGGGAAACCAGUGCCUCCUUCCUUGCCGCCCAUCGGUUUCGGGGCGCAGGUGCCUCUACUCUCUGGGCCGCUCCACCUGGAAAGGCGGCUUCACGACGGCGGCACCUGGCCUUCGGCUGAAGGGACCGACGGUCUGCCUCGGGCUGCGAACCGCGGGUUUUUCUGCGGGACUCAGAGAGGACCUGGCUCUUCCGCGAGGGUUCCUGCUGCUUUGUGUAAAGAAGCUGGGGAAGCCUGACGGGUUUCGUUUUUAGUAAAAAGUUUUUAUAAGUCUCCAUUUUUGGAAAUUUUUGCAGCGUUUGAAGUACUCUACCUCUUCGCAUCCUUUCUCCUGCUCCUUGAGUCUUUUUUUCUUUCUCAGCGGUAAACAUUUUUACUAUUGGAGCAGACGAGGGAUGAACAUUUUGUAAUUGAAAGUGUAACUGUUAAAACCUCGUGGAGCUAGUAGUCAAGAUGGACAAAAAGUCCUUUGAAACGGUGCUGGAUGAAAUUAGAAAGGCUGUUUUGACUGAAUAUAAAUUAAAAGCGAUUGAAUAUGUGCACGGAUAUUUCUCUAGUGAACAGGUGGUUGAUUUACUGAGAUAUUUCUCCUGGGCUGAGCCUCAGUUGAAGGCAAUGAAAGCAUUACAGCAUAAAAUGGUGGCUGUUCACCCAGCAGAAGUGGUCAAUAUACUCAACUGUUUCACCUUCAGUAAAGACAAACUAGUUGCUCUUGAACUGUUAGCUUCAAACAUUGUCGAUGCACAGAAUUCUCGUCCCAUUGAAGAUUUGUUCAGGAUAAAUAUGUCUGAGAAGAAACGGUGCAAGAGAGUGCUGGAACAGGCUUUUAAGGGAGGCUGCAAAGCUCCUCAUGCUAUGAUAUCUUCUUGUGGAACGAUCCCAGGAAAUCCAUAUCCCAAAGGAAAACCUAGUCGCAUAAAUGGAAUUUUCCCAGGAACCCCUUUGAAGAAAGACGGUGAAGAAUGUACCAAUGAAGGCAAAGGAAUCGCUGCAAGGAUUCUCGGGCCAUCCAAACCACCUCCUUCAACCUACAAUCCACAUAAACCAGUUCCUUAUCCAAUACCUCCGUGCCGGCCACACGCAACCAUUGCACCCAGUGCUUAUAACAAUGCCGGUCUGGUACCAUUAGCCAAUGUCAUAGCUCCAGGUGUGCCCCCACCACCUCCAUACACUCCGAAUCCAGGAGCAACAGAAAAUGAAGACCUUUCCAAUCAAUCAAAACCCACACAGAACCAAACAUUUUCUACCCCAGCAAGUCAGCUCUUUUCUCCUCAUGGCUCUAAUCCUUCAACACCUGCUGCAACUCCCAUUCCUACGGCCUCCCCAGUCAAGGCUGUAAACCACCCAUCAGCAUCCGCAACUGCCACGGUCUCUGGGAUGAACAUGCCAAGUACUGUCCUUCCAGUGUUCCCGGGGCAGGUCUCCGCAGCCGUUCACACCCCGCAGCCAUCGACGCCCAAUCCAACAGUUAUCAGAACCCCUUCCUUGCCGGCCGCACCCUUAGCUUCCGUCCACAGCACAACAUCUGCUCCCGUUCCUUCAGUGUUUUCUGGCCUCGUUCCACUGCCAGGUCCCUCUGCUGCUCCUACCGCAGCCCCUCAGGCCACAUCUAUACCUCGGGCCACCGCUUCCAAUGAAACCUUUGCUUCUACUUCGCCGCCGUUCACUAGCCUCCCCUUUUCUGCCACCUCUACUGCUGCUUCUACCAACAACCUCAAUUCCGCUGCACUGUCAUCGGUUUUUGCGGGUCUCCCCUUGACCUUAACACCGACAUCCCAAGGUGUGACCAACCCAACUCCUGUGAUCGCCUGUGGUUCUGCUCCCACUGUUGCUUGUCCGCUUGGCGUAAAUAACCCCCUUCUGUCUGCUUUAAAAGGCUUUCUCACGUCAAACGAUACCAAUCUAAUCAACUCCUCCGCUCUACCCUCGGCUGUUACCAGUGGGCUGGCUUCACUCCCCUCUCUCUCUAAUCAGAGCUCCGACCCUCCCGCGUCGGCAGCUGGCAAGUGCUACGCACCGCAGAGGUCCUCCACCCCGAGCCUGGCCCUGUUCCCAGGCCUACCCUCUCCCGCGGCCAACUCGGCCUCCACGCCGCCCAGCCUGCCCACGCAGUCUCCUCUGGCCGCGCCCGCGGCCUCAGUGGCCUCGGGAACCGGUGGCUCCGCGGCAACCCUGCUGCCCGGCCCCCACGCGGGCAGCUCAGACCUGCGCGCCCCGUCCACUCCCGCGCCCGCCGUCACCACCCUGCCCGUCAUGAUCAAAACCGAGCCCACCAGUCCCACGCCGUCGGCCUUCAAGGGCCCGUCCCACCCCGUGCCCCCUUCUCCCGGCACCCUGGGCCUGUCGGGGACACUGGGCCGGGCGUACACGUCGGCCUCCGUGCCCAUCACCUUACCGUCCUGCCUUAACCCGGCGUUAUCGGGCCUGUCCAGCCUGAGCGCGCCCCUGAACGUCUCCAACCCGCUCUCCUCCAUCUCUCUGCCCCCGCACGGCUCCUCCACCCCCAUCACCCCGGUCUUCACCGCCCUGCCUCCUUUCACGUCCCUGACCAACAACUUCCCUCUGCCUGGCAACCCGGCCGCCUCCCUGCCCGGGGCGCUGAUUGCCACCUCGGCUGCGCCCACCACCUCCUCUGCGCUCCCGCACCCCAGCUCCUCGGCUGCUGCGCUCUCAGGACUCUCGGCCCCCGCACCCGCCUCGGCUGCCGCCUUCCCGCUCAACCUGUCCACCGCUGUCCCCUCCCUUUUCUCGGUGGCACAAGGACCUCUGCCAGCCUCCACUCCCUCCUACCCCAGCUUCUCCGUCUCCGGCGCCCCCGCACUGCCCUCGUUUCCAGGGCUGCAGGCGGCUACCUCCCAGGCGGCCACCGCCCCUUCGCCAGCUCCUGUCCUCCCGGGAUUCGCGUCCGCCUUCAGUUCCAAUUUCAACUCGGCUCUGGUGGCACAAGCUGGUUUAUCCUCUGGACUUCAAGCUGCAGGCAGUUCUGUGUUUCCAGGACUUUUGUCCCUCCCUGCCAUCCCCGGGUUUUCUCAGAAUCCCACGCAGUCAUCCUUGCAGGAGUUACAGCAUAAUGCAGCUGCACAGUCAGCCUUGUUACAGCAGGUCCAUUCAGCUUCUGCUCUGGAUAGCUAUCCAGCUCAGCCAGAUGGGUUUCCUAGCUAUCCUUCAACACCAGGAACACCGUUUUCUCUGCAACCAGGCCUGUCCCAGAGUGGGUGGCAGUGAAUAUAUUUCCAUGCAUAUUCGCUUUCGGAGCAACAUCAGAAUUGCCUGAGGACUGCAGUGAACAAUCUGACAAAUGUGAGGUUGGCCGAAAGUCAGGAAAUGAGGACGAGGAUAAUCCUGGGGAAAUGGGGAUAAGAGUUUUAAAAAUAGGGUUGCAUUUUUUAAAAAUGGUUUUAACUUUGAACACUCCCCUAUGUAAAUAUGCUGACAGUAAAUUGUAUGGAGAAUAGUAUUAAAAAGUGUUGAGGGACUCUUUACCUCCCACCCUAUGAGAUUUUGAGUCGUGUAUGUGAUCUAUGUAGGAGGAAUACUAAAGAGGAGGUUGAACUCUUUAUAGCCAAACACAGCCUUAAAUCUGCUUGUAAAGCAUCCAUGGACAGAAGUAAUAGUUGUGCCUCAGACUUACGGGUUGCAUGUGGCCCUGGGGGAGUUCCGACCCUGGGUUUGCAUGAGCGGUUCCCAUUAGCAGCGCAGGAACUCAGCAUCCAUGCUCCAUAGGUAUCCACAAAAGGGAACUUGAGGCCCACAGUUAUUUUUAAUUCCUGACAUUACUGACCAUACAUAGACUGCUGAAUUUAAUUCAAUGUAUUUCAGGUAAGUGAAAAUGGUGCUCAAUAUAGUCUGUAGGAUGACUUUCAGGUGUUUUCAACUAAAAAAAAAAUACUUAUAUCCAGAACUACUUUCUUACAGAAAUACAAGUGAGGCUUGUGAUAAUUUGCCUUCAGAACUUAAUCUCAGCAGCAUCCAAAUGAGUGAGGAAUGUUUGACUGACCCUUGGGCCACCUCUAUUACUCUUUGUGCUCUGGAAGCUCUUGGUGAAUGUUUACAAUCAUGGGAUGUAGUAUUUCUAUUUGUACUUAAAAUCAAAUGCUUAUCUAAAAUAAUUAUGUGACAACAAGAUAGAGAAGACUUGCUCUGUUAGUAAAUAUGCAGUGUGUACUCCUUUUUUUUUGUGUGUGUGUCUUUUCGCCAUUUUCUUGGGCUGCUCCCGCAGCGUAUGGAGGUUCCCAGGCUAGGGGUCAAACCGGAGCUGCAGCCACCGGCCUACGCCAGAGCCACAGCAACGCGGGAUCCAAGCUGCAUCUGCAACCUACACCACAGCUCACGGCAACGAGAUCCUUAACCCCCUGAGCAAGGCCAGGGAUCGAACCCGCAACCUCAUGGUUCCUAGUCGGAUUUGUUAACCACUGAGCCACGAUGGGAACUCCGCAGUGUGUACUCUAUUUAAGGAUCUGUGGUAGUAUAUGAUCGAAUGUCAUUAUUUUAAGUAAAAUAACUGCCACGUUUAGGGGGACAGGGGAGUAGGGAGAAUGAUUUCCAAUCCUGUGAUUAAAAAUGUAAACUAUUGAAUCUACUGUAGUACAUUUCAGCAUCUAGAGGUUUUACUUUUAUAAAGAUGGUGUCUGGAAGAUGUUGCUAAUGUAUUUUCCUUCCACAUGGGGAACAAACUUUUUAAGUCUAUUGAUAAAUAUUCCUGUAUGGUUAGUUUUUAACAAUUUUUUAAAAUAAACUUUAUGGAUAUGAUAGAUA